GGAAAUAAGAAAUACUUUAAACGCAGCGAACUAGCCAAGAAGGAAGAAGAGGCAUAUUUUGAAAGAUGUGGCUAUAAGCCUGUAAAGAAGCCACCGGGAGAGGUGCAACAGAAUGAAGAGGAGGAGGAAAAGCAAAUGGUGUCUCCCAAUCCAGUGUUGGAGUUAGAGCUGGCAGAGGAGAAGUUGCCUAUGACUCUUUCUAGGCAAGAGGUCAUUAGGCGGUUGAGAGAAAGGGGUGAGCCCGUCAGGCUGUUUGGAGAAACGGAUUAUGAUGCCUUCCAGCGGUUACGAAAGAUUGAAAUUCUGGCGCCAGAAGUGAACAAGGGCUUGAGAAAUGACCUGAAGGCUGCUUUGGAUAAGAUUGACCAGCAGUAUCUAAACGAGAUUGUCGGUGGCCAGGAGCCGGGAGAAGACGAUACUCAGAACGAUCUCAAGGUCCAUGAAGAGAACACCACCAUUGAAGAACUGGAGGCUUUGGGGAGAUCUUUAGGGCAAGGUGAUGAUCAUAAAGACAUGGAUAUCAUAACCAAAUUCUUGAAGUUCCUUCUUGGAGUCUGGGCAAAGGAUCUAAAUGCCAGAGAGGAUUAUGUGAAACGCGGGGUGCAGGGGAAGCUGAACAGUGCCACUCAGAAGCAGACGGAAUCGUACCUGAGACCUCUGUUCAGAAAACUUCGGAAAAGGAAUAUUCCUGCAGACAUCAAAGAAUCAAUAACUGAUAUUAUCAAGUUCAUGCUACAAAGAGAGUAUGUGAAGGCCAACGAUGCUUACCUCCAGAUGGCUAUUGGCAAUGCGCCCUGGCCCAUAGGUGUCACUAUGGUGGGCAUCCAUGCCCGAACUGGCCGAGAAAAGAUCUUCUCAAAGCAUGUGGCCCACGUGCUGAAUGAUGAAACUCAGAGGAAGUACAUCCAGGGCCUGAAGAGGCUGAUGACCAUUUGCCAGAAGCACUUCCCAACAGACCCAUCCAAGUGUGUGGAGUACAAUGCAUUGUGAUGGGUUAUUGUCCCUGGCUGGGAGAGAAGACCGACAGAGCUGUGAGGCACCUCAGAGCGGGCUGAGGGUGCGAGGCAAGGGGAACAGUUUUGCCUGGGCUCAGUUCAACAGGCUGCACUUCAAUGAACUUCCAGGCCACAAUGGGCCUGUGUUGCAGGCUUGUAUCAAGAGGCAUUCCAGUAUUUAUGGAGCUGUUUUCUUUCACUGGACUUUCAGCAGGUCAAAAAGAUCUGUUCUAGUCUGCUUUUUGGAGUUUGAACCACUUGGCUUUUAAAAGGCCGAUGCUGCAGAUUUUGAGGCACUGUACUGACUAUUACUGUGUUGGAAGCUGCUUAAAUUUGUUGCCCUUAAUUAGAGGGUAAAGUACACAUCUUUCUUGUACAUUUCCCACACUGAGUUGGAUCCCACUGAUCCAUUCUGAUAGCAGAAGUGUUUUUCCUCUGGCAGAAGAAGCCUUUCGCUAAUGCAAGACUCUGGGAAUGGGUCUGUAGGAUCCAGCCCACUGUGGUGGAAUACGUCAGUUCUCUGAGGAUCUUUGUCUUUUGAGUCUCUCUUACAGCAGUAAGAAGGAAAACCAAAGUACAAUUUCAAGCACACCUUUACUUACCCCAGUCAAGUUUCCUGCUGUGAAGUUUGGUCCAGAAAUGGGGUAUCUUUCUGUCCCUGGGAAUUUUAUGGCGAAGGACCAACUCAGCAAUUUGCAUUUGAUGUUUGGAAUAUAUUAACCUAUGAAAAGCUGUCCUAUCCUGAUGUCUCUGGGGAAUAUUUUUGAGAUAUUGAAAUUUGAUUGGAUAGUCCAUGUUGUGAUUUUUGCUAGUUGUCUUUCCCACCUUUUUACUGAAACCACAAGUAUAGCUGACAGUAGAAGAUUUAAGUUUCCUUGUUCUCAAAGAAUGGGAAACAUGAUACAUUUGAGGCUGGAUUGCUGCAAAGCGAAAAGCUAAAUGUGUAUCUGUACAACGAAUGCAUUGUAAUAUGAAGUUAUGUAAAAUUUCCCAGGCAGCUGAGUCCACUAAGGAGAAAUUAAUAUCAUUUAAAGAUGUUUGUUUAAGGACUGGUAUCAGUGGGCUUUCUUUAAUAA